AGUAAACGAGUCACCAACCGCCAGGCGACUACGGCUUAUUGAAGCAGGAUGGCUGAUCGAGGGGCUCGCUUGAAAGUCGGAGGUGCCAAACCUGGCAGUGGACGAACAAGUCGUCGGCCAAGUGUGACCUCAUCCACCAACGUUCUCAAUGUCGCGAGAUCGGAAGUAACGGACGAACAUGCGGGUGUACCGACGAUGGAAGGCGGGAUUUUGCUUACCAUCAAAGUGCUGUCCGCUAAGAACAUCAAGGGAGCCAAGGGAGAUCACGUUAACUCGUUUGUGAGAGUACAGUUUGCAGAUUUUGAUUACAAGGAGUCGCCAGUGGUCAUGGAUAAUCCCAACCCUCAGUAUAAUUUUGGAGUGAAGCAAUCGUUUCUUGUGGAUGAGACUCUUAUCGACACAUUUGCUAACAAGAAACUCCACUUUACUCUUAUUGAAUCUCUUCCAAAAGAGAAGACCGCGGUGCUUGGGGAAGGAGAAUUGAGCAUGUUUCCACAUUUCUUCAAAUAUCCUGCGCGGGAUCCAAAUAACCCAGAUGUAUUGCCACCGCCUCCACCUCUGUCGUUCAAGGCAACUGUCCCCAUCAGCUACGCAAAUGCACGUCUACUGGGAAAAGACGCGGACGAGCACACUAAAAAUGGACCAGAGUUUGACGUGGAGGUCAUACUCUCAGCGCCUCUCAUUGAACCCGAAGUCGUCGAAAAUGGCACUUUCCUUACAUUUAAGGUGGACGAUGUUUUUCCUGUCCCAGAUGAGUGGACAUUAAAGGAAGGGAAUGAAAAAGACUUGAAUUCGAAUAUAUACACGUACACUCUGAACUUAAUGGUACCAGCCGAAUCCACCCCAGAACGACUAGUUUCCAUCCCAAACGGAACAUUAAUGGUGACUGAUGUACCAGUUGUGACAGACGCGGCUCUCACUACCCCGCAGCCCAUCAUGAUGCCCAAACCUGCUACAAGUAGCCAGGGGACCAACACUGCACAACUGGAUUCUGAGACUCGCCAUCCUCCAGCCCCAGGCGAAAGCGACUCUGCCACUGUCCCUCCCACCCCAUCUGAAAGGGAACGGCCAGUCUUUGCGGAAACCAUCAAGAAAGUUUCAUGGGCAACCACACAUGUGGUCUGGAUGCCACCCGAGGCAGUUAUCCGGUUGAGGGAGAAGAUUCAGAGUAAACAUAUGACGGAGGUCGAGUUUGUUCGAGAGCUUCAACCCAAGUUCGCUCACGUGGUAGACUCCAAUGUAAAUAAAUAUCGCGGUCGAGCCAUCAUGGAUAUGUCUUCGCUUCUGUUUCCGCGGGUGAUGGGCUUGAAAGGUCGCUGGCCGUUGGAGGUGUUUGAACCACCAGCAAGUCCACUUAGCGAGGGAAUGGGUCUGGGCCAAGCACGUGGUGCACUGGCGAGUUCGACAACGACACUGGACAGUCAAGCUCCUGGUCCGACACCAAGCAAGAAGGGAAGGGGAGCAAAGGAUGAUGCGAACCUAUAUAAAAGCUUAGGUACCAGUAUCGGCCUUCAGCUGUUGCUGGAAAAGCCUCUUCUCGACAAGAAGAAGCUACAGCCGAUAACCAAAUCAGUCAGUGACUUCAUUCCCCGUCGCAUAAUUCCACCUCAGCUUCUCUACGAAAAACGUUCGAAACGUGCCAAUGAGGAGUACCUUACACAGGUUCAAGCGGUUGUUCGAAAGUUGGUCAAGGAAUAUGAGACAGUACUGGUAGCGGAGGCAGAGAAACGCGGGGAUUCUAUCGACGGCAUAUCGGUUGGCUCGGAGACUUCGUCGGAGGAGCUCCAACGAAGAAAGCGGCUUUUCUUUCAUCUGAACAAGAGCGGAGCAUACUUCAUGUUCAAAGAGCAGUUGAAGGGAGCCGUGGUUGAGGUCGUGCGGGAGCAAUUCAAGCGCAAAUCUCCCUUCGCAUCUAAAAGUGAACUCCAACUGUUCAUGUCCGAGGUAUACGUUUACCUCGUCGACCAAAUGCAUCUGCUGAUCAACAAGAUGUUCCGGGACAAAUCAACGGCGUUUGUCGACCCAACCCUUACGAAGACGGCUGAUUUCCAAAUAUUGAAGAAUUUUGCUGAUACGGCAGAAGUGGAUCAUCUUACGGAUCUUGCCAGUAGGUACCAUCAAGAGCGGAUAGUAAAGUACGAGGAUAGCAUGCAGGCAUGGUUUGACUACGGAUGCUUCUGUAUGCGAAAUGGAAUGAUGUCGAAAGGCGAGGAAUGCUUUCGUGAGAUACUGUCAAAAAAUCCCAAGCACAUUCCAAGUUUGCUAGCAUAUGGCGCUCUAUGUUGUAUUCAUGAACGCUUCGAGGAAGCGCGUGUUUACCUCGUAACGGCUGUGGAACUGCAGCCCAAGUAUACAUUGAGCUUGACACUCUUGGGACUUUUCUAUGAUGUUAUUAGUGAGGAAGAAGAGUCUGAAAACUAUCUAAUGGAGGCUGCAAAGCUACACAAUAGCACUAUGCCAUCAGACGCACCAUCAAUUUUCUUAUUGGUAGCCGAGUUCCUCAUACACUGCCAUGCUGGACAGCUCGCAGAGCGUGCGCUUUCGCAAGAAAUCCUUGAAUCUGGUCCUCGAGUUAAGCCUUACCUACUUCUUAGUCAGCUUGAAGUCCAGCGCUCGAACUAUAAGUUGGCAAAUGAGCACCUGAAAGACGCAUUGAGCAUCCAGCAAGAUGAGCCGAACGUUUGGGCGGCUUUGGGUCACCUCCAAUACGUACAAAAACUUUGGGAUAGUGCUCAGGUGUCAUACGAGACAGUGCUUUCCUUGUCACAAGAACCAACCGAUAUAUCCAUGGUGUACACCCGCCUUGGUUCACUAUAUCUUCGAAAUGCUGUCGAAAAUAGUCGCAUUGACGUUUCAAUGGCACGACUGUCCAAGUCGAUGUACCUUCGAGCCAGUGGCAUUGCCCCGAGCACCGCAUCAUGGCUUGGUGCUGGAAAAGCCUGCAUGGCGCUUGAAGAUUGGGAAGAAGCUGAGGAUGCCUUAGCGGAAGCGAAUGUCCUUAACAAUCGCAAUGCAGAUGUAUGGGCAUAUCUAGCAUUACUCAACUUGAAGCUCAACCGCAGCUUUGAAGCAAAUCAGUGUAUAGCGCAAGCGCUACGGUUGGGCAUCAGAGAUGCUGACGUGCUACGAACGGUCGGCGAUGAUCUUUUAAAAACCAGCAAUCCAAACGCCGCCGUUGAAUGCUUCCGGAUUUGUUUGGAACUUGAUCCAGAUAAUGAGACAACACGAAAGUCAUUUGAGGCAUCAUUGAGGGCAGCUAGGGACGACUUGAUACAAGAGGAAGAGACCCAACCCGUCGAUGCUCUGACUCCAGACCAGAAUAGCCCACAAGAAUGCUCAUUAGGAGCAUACACCGCAACGAGAAGUACUGCAUUGGCCAUGUGAAUAUCUAAAAGAUUUGUAUAAAAUAACUGCUGAAAGUGCUGGCCAUCGUAUUGAACUUCAGAUUAGCACAUGACUUCCAAUGAUUAUGUAACAUAUAAAACUGU